CCAUCCCCAGCCGCAGCGAGGAGCUGUGCCCGACCAUGGCCAACCUGGGCGGCAUCGAGAGGGGUGCUGGCGGGGGCGAGGCCAGCCGGCAGACCCCCGGGGGCGAGGCCAGCCGGCAGACCCCCACAUUGCAACCACUUCUCUCCACCCAGCGGCGAGGGCUACACGAGGACGCCAUCCACUGUGUGCCGGAGUGAUGGCAACGAGAGCGGGGGCGCACCAGAUGCGUCUCGCGUGGCAUACCGACAGUGCCGCCGUGUCUUCGAGCGUCACGGGCGUCCCGGGCAGGGCGGGGGCAUGGGAGGCGGCAGCGAUGGGCUCGCGACGGUGUCUCACAGCAGGGGUCUGCCUACACACCAGCAACAGGGGAGCGGGCGGAAGAUGUCACGGCCAUCCUAGAGGACACUGGAGGGAAAUCGAGACACAGGUACAUCGCAUCGACACACACACACACAUACAAACACACACACGUCCCCACUGUCUUCAUUUUCUUCGUCAGGUUGAGCCCUCCGGCGCCAUGGUGUCCGUCUGGCGGUCGCCACAGGCAAGUCCCUUCGCGGCCUCCCGAACACCCACAGAGUGUCUCGGCAAACCAAGCCCCCAAAUGGUCACGGAGAUCUGUCGGAGCUCUCUGUGGACCAGCAGAACGCCCUCUUUGUCGGGGAUGCUAGUGGACGGAUCUGCAGAUGGCCCGCACCGCCGGCGUGAUGCCCGUGGGUGUGGGGUGGGGCCCGAGCCGCCCUCCUGUCUGCAUGCGGGGGUGCGGAGUGCUGGCGGUACUGGUGGAUGGGUGCAUGUGCAUCCUCCGACAUACUGACUGAGUGACUGAGUGCAUAUUUUUGGUGUGUUUCCCAUUCAUUCACCCAUGAUGGGUGCGGUGCGGUGCGGUGCGGUGCGUGAGAUGCGUGUAGUGGCGUGAGCCUAAGGCCAUGCCUGUGUGCAUCCGUGUCGACUCACUGACUCACUGACUCACUCACUGACUGUAGUUUUAUGGUAUUUUUGGUCCACGAUAUGGUUCAUUCAUUCAUUCGACAUACUCACUGACUCACUCACUCCACUCACCCAAAAUGUGCUGUUUGUGUGGAUGUAUAACGGCAGCCACCCACUGACUCACUGACUGCUCCUCUACUGCUUUGGCGCUUUUGGGUGCGGCCCGCUCCAUAUCACACCCGACCGCCAAGACACACUUGUCGUCCGUGGCGCCUCUGUGUGUCUGUCCGGUUUGAUUAAUCGGCGCACCCACGGAUCCGAUUGACUAACUAAGACGACUACCUCUCACCACACUGCACACGGCACCACACGACACGACACUGACCUGUAGCCGUCUGCAGGCCUUAUGUUCGUUCGGUGGCUGACCUGCACACAUGUGUCUGUUUUCGUCACACACACAUGAUGAUGUGUGUGUGGCUGUGUAGGCUUUUAGAGAGUAGCACUGGCUGGCUGGAGGGUCGACUCGCACCCACUGGGCUGUGGCCAGGCCUUGCCGCCCGCACCGAUUGGUUUGGACCGGACAUCGCUGACGACUUGACUCCCUGCCGACUGUCCUGGUCCAGCUUUGUUUGUGUGUAUCAUUCUCGCACACACAGACGUGUGGCCUGGCCUCGUGAGCUCUUUGUUGCUGGCGCUCCCUCCCCCCUCACUCGGGCGGCAGACAGGCGUUUCCUGUGUCUGUGUGCCUAGCCGCUGACAGUGUGCCUGCCUGUCUGCAGUCAGUCAGUGCAGUGAGUGGUCCGCCGUCUGUGGGAUGCUCCCUGUCGGCAGCAUGAUGAUUUUGUGAAUGCUCGAGCUUGUCUGUUUGUUAUGUGACUCCCCUCUCCCUCCAUCCGGCCGGCCUUGCUGUGUGAUGUGAUGUGUGUGUGCGUGCCUGUGUGCGUCGCUUUGUGUGUGUGAUUGGGUGCGGAUAAUGAUGAUGAACAAACAGGUGGGCUGUCCGUUUGACCGUGUGUGUCAGAGGUAUCGCUGGGCGUGUCGGUCACCGGCACACUCAGAGGAGAGGCGGGGAGGGAGGGGUCAGGAAGGUGACAUCUGAUGAUGUGCAUAGACUCAUCGAUGCGCUGCAGUGCAAUGCAUGCAAUGCAAGCAAUGCAAUCGAUGGCCUCGGC